AUGCUCGAUGGGGUACCACUCACCAUGCUCGAUGGGGUACCACUCACCAUGCUCGAUGGGGUACCACUCACCAUGCUCGAUGGGGUACCACUCACCAUGCUCGAUGGGGUACCACUCACCAUGCUCGAUGGGGUACCACUCACCAUGCUCGAUGGGGUACCACUCACCAUGCUCGAUGGGGUACCACUCACCAUGCUCGAUGGGGUACCACUCACCAUGCUCGAUGGGGUACCACUCACCAUGCUCGAUGGGGUACCACUCACCAUGCUCGAUGGGGUACCACUCACCAUGCUCGAUGGGGCACCACUCACCAUGCUCGAUGGGGCACCACUCACCAUGCUCGAUGGGGUACCACUCACCAUGCUCGAUGGGGUACCACUCACCAUGCUCGAUGGGGUACCACUCACCAUGCUCGAUGGGGUACCACUCACCAUGCUCGAUGGGGUACCACUCACCAUGCUCGAUGGGGCACCACUCACCAUGCUCGAUGGGGCACCACUCACCAUGCUCGAUGGGGCACCACUCACCAUGCUCGAUGGGGCACCACUCACCAUGCUCGAUGGGGUACCACUCACCAUGCUCGAUGGGGUACCACUCACCAUGCUCGAUGGGGUACCACUCACCAUGCUCGAUGGGGUACCACUCACCAUGCUCGAUGGGGUACCACUCACCAUGCUCGAUGGGGUACCACUCACCAUGCUCGAUGGGGUACCACUCACCAUGCUCGAUGGGGUACCACUCACCAUGCUCGAUGGGGUACCACUCACCAUGCUCGAUGGGGUACCACUCACCAUGCUCGAUGGGGUACCACUCACCAUGCUCGAUGGGGUACCACUCACCAUGCUCGAUGGGGUACCACUCACCAUGCUCGAUGGGGUACCACUCACCAUGCUCGAUGGGGUACCACUCACCAUGCUCGAUGGGGUACCACUCACCAUGCUUGAUGGGGUACCACUCACCAUGCUCGAUGGGGCACCACUCACCAUGCUCGAUGGGGUACCACUCACCAUGCUCGAUGGGGUACCACUCACCAUGCUCGAUGGGGUACCACUCACCAUGCUCGAUGGGGUACCACUCACCAUGCUCGAUGGGGCACCACUCACCAUGCUCGAUGGGGCACCACUCACCAUGCUCGAUGGGGCACCACUCACCAUGCUCGAUGGGGUACCACUCACCAUGCUCGAUGGGGUACCACUCACCAUGCUCGAUGGGGUACCACUCACCAUGCUCGAUGGGGGUACCACUCACCAUGCUCGAUGGGGUACCACUCACCAUGCUCGAUGGGGUACCACUCACCCAUGCUCGAUGGGGUACCACUCACCAUGCUCGAUGGUACCACUCACCAUGCUCGAUGGGGUACCACUCACCAUGCUCGAUGGGGUACCACUCACCAUGCUCGAUGGGGUACCACUCACCAUGCUCGAUGGGGUACCACUCACCAUGCUCGAUGGGGGUACCACUCACCAUGCUCGAUGGGAUCCACCCCUUUCCUCGGUAGCUGCUGCGCUUAUGCGUUAUGCCCCAUCCCUCCCCUCACUUCCUCCUUCCGCCAUCCGCCUUACCCUCCCUUGCAGUAGGCCCUCUCCGCUCUGCUCUGCUCUCACCUUACCCGACGCGCCAACACUCUCCCCACCAUCUCCCACCGAACCACAUCUCACGUGA